AUGUGUCUCAGACUCCGCGAGCACCGCGCGAGAGCGAGACCUGCGGAGCGAACGCGCCGGAUCCUGAAGCGACCGUUACCCUCCAACAGGCGACCUGCCUUUCUCCUUCCUGAUUUCCCCCGUAUUCCCUCACAGUGUUCCUCGCACUAGCGCUUUCUUUCAGCGCCGGCGCACUUUUUGGUUUAUCACAGGUGCAUUUGCUAUCCCUUGACGUACUUUUCUCACUCACUGGGAAUUUACGGACAUCUGAGGACCGUGUGGAUGCGCGGCUUUGGAGAGAAGCGGAGAUGGAAUUGUUGAUUAUAUGCCUUUCUUUUGGGAUAUUGCAAUGCAAUUCGGUGGGAGCCGACUCCAUCAUUCACAUCGGUGCCAUUUUUGAGGAGAACGCAGCACGGGAUGAUGAGGUGUUUCAGUUGGCGAUCUCUGACCUCAGCCUCAACGAUGACAUUUUGCAGAGCGAGAAAAUCACCCACUCCAUAAAAUAUAUCGAACCCAACAACCCCUUUCAGGCAGUCCAGGAAGCAUGUGAACUGAUGACGCAGGGGAUCCUGGCCUUGGUCACAUCUACAGGCUGUGCCUCAGCCAGUGCUCUGCAGUCCCUGACAGAUGCCAUGCACAUACCUCACCUUUACGUCCAGCGAAACGCUGAAGGAUCACCUCGUACUGCAUGCCAACUCAAUCCAAGCCCCGAUGGAGAGCGAUACACCCUCGCAGCACGACCACCCGUCCGUCUAAGUGAUGUCAUGUUGACGUUAGUUGGUGAGCUCCGUUGGCAGAAGUUCAUCGUCUUCUAUGACAGUGACUAUGAUAUCCGUGGACUGCAAGUCUUUCUGGACCAGACAUCAAGACAGGGUUUGGAUGUGUCUCUGCAGCGAGUGGAUAGGAACAUCAGUGGUGUGUUUUCCAGUUUGUUCACCUCCAUGCGCACAGAGGAGCUCAACCGCUACAGGGACACUCUCAGAAGAGCUAUCUUGCUCCUGAGCCCACGUGGAGCACAAGUCUUCAUCCAUCAGGCUGUGGAGACUAACCUGGCCUCUAAAGACAGUCACUGGGUGUUUGUGAAUGAGGAGAUCAGUGAUACUGAGAUUAUGGAGCUGGCCCACAGUUCCUUGGGAAGGAUGACCGUCGUCAGGCAAAUUUUCCCUCUGUGGAAGGAUAGCAGUGUGAGCUGUAUGAGGAACAACCACCGUAUCUCCUCACUGCUCUGCGACCCUCAGGAGGGCUAUCUGCAAUCGCUGGAGGUGUCCAAUUUGUACCUUUAUGAUAGCGUGUUGAUGCUGGCCAAUGCAUUCUACCGGAAAUUAGAAGAUCGGAAGUGGCACAGUAUGGCCAGCCUCAACUGCAUCAGGAAGUCAACCAAGCCCUGGAAUGGAGGCUGGUCCAUGCUGGAGACGAUCCAAAAGGGCCGUAUAACUGGUCUCACCGGAAUUAUGGACUUCAUGGACAAUGGAUCAAAUUCCCACGUUCAGUUUGAGAUUUUGGGGACCAGCUUCAGUGAGACGUUUGGAAAAGACAUAAAGCGAUUAGCUACAUGGGAUUCUGUCCAUGGCCUAAAUGGAAGUCUGAAGGAGAGCCGUAUCGAGAAUGGCAUGCAAGGGGUUACCGUUAAAGUUGUGACGUUGUUGGAGGAUCCAUUUGUGAUGGUGGCAGAGAAUAUCCUCGGACAGCCCAAAAGAUAUAAAGGGUUCUCAAUUGAUGUCCUGGAUGCCUUGGCCAAGAUCCUAGGAUUCAAGUACGAUAUCUACCAGGUGGCAGACAGCAAAUAUGGCUCUCAGCUACCCAAUGGCUCUUGGAAUGGCAUGAUUGGGGAACUCAUAAACAAGAAAGCUGAUUUGGCAGUGUCUGCCAUAACUAUAACACCAGAGCGAGAGAAUGUAGUGGACUUCAGCAAGCGCUACAUGGACUACUCUGUAGGGAUCCUACAUCGCAAACCAGAGGAAAAGAUCAACAUUUUUUCCUUGUUUGCCCCUUUUGACUUGGCUGUGUGGGCCUGUAUCGCAGCUGCCAUUCCUGUGGUGGGCGUUCUGAUCUUCCUGCUGACACGGAUGCAGAUGCUCCGCUCCCAGAAUCCUCCAGGAGCCCAUCACACUUCAUCCAUGUCUAACUCAUUGCAUAGUGCUAUAUGGAUUGUCUAUGGAGCCUUUGUACAACAAGGUGGAGAUUCAGUGGUGGGGUCUGUGGCAUUGAGGAUAGUCAUGGGCAGUUGGUGGUUGUUCACAUUGAUUGUGUGUUCAUCUUACACUGCUAACCUGGCUGCAUUCCUAACCGUGUCCCGCAUGGACAACACUAUAAGAACAUUUCAGGAUCUUGCAAGACAGAUGGACUAUGCCUACGGCACUGUUAGGGACUCAGCAGUGUACGAUUACUUCAGAGCCAAAGGUACAAACCCACUGGAGCAGGACAGCACGUAUGCAGAGCUGUGGAGGACAAUCAGCAAAAACAAUGGACAGGACUUCUCAGUUUCUAGCCCUUCUGAAGGCAUACGCAAGGCCAAAAAAGGACCGUACGCAUUUUUGUGGGACAUGGCCGUGGUGGAGUAUGCAGCACUGACAGAUGACGACUGCACCAUCACUGUAGCUGGCAACAGCAUGAGCAGCAAAGGCUACGGUAUCGCCAUGCAGCAUGGGAGUCCUUACCGAGACCUCAUCUCCCAAAAGAUUCUGGAGUUGCAGGAGAAAGGAGACCUGGAUGUCUUGAAACAGAAGUGGUGGCCUCGGACUGGCCGCUGUGACCUCAACAGCCACAGUAAUGCCCAACCUGAUGGUCGGUCGCUCAAGCUGCAUAGCUUCGCUGGCGUUUUCUGCAUCCUAGCAGCGGGGCUCCUGUUGGCCUGUCUGGUGGCCGCCCUGGAAAUGUGGUGGAACAGCAAUCGCUGCCGGCAAGAGCAGUCCAAAGAGGACAAGGAGGUGAACCUGGAACAGGUGCAUCGGCGUAUGAACAGUCUUAUGGACGAGGACAUGGCACACAAGCAGAUCCCCGCACCAUCUAUCGAGAUCUCUGCCCUGGACAUCGGCAGCAUGCCGCCCAGCCAGCAGCGGGAGGCUGUGCGAGACUACCCGGGCACGGGCCUGUCUGUGAGCACCUUCCUCCCGGAGCAAGCUCAUGGGGUGGGCCGGAUGCUGGCCCAGGGUCCUGGCAGCACCCUACCCCUUCCUCUCAGCAGCUCCACCAUGCCCUCCAUCCAAUGCAAACACAGGGCUCCCAACGGGGGCCUGUUCCGACAGAGUCCCGCCAAGACGCCCAUGCCAAUGUCCUACCAGUCAGUACCAGGAGGACCCAUCCCAGAAGCUAUUGAGCAUAGUACAUCCAUCUAAGGCCAUCGUCACCAUGGGCUGCCUCACACUUGCUUUUCAAAGGAAGAAAGCCGAGGUGCAGUUGGAGCUUUGGAA